AGUGUGAAGGUGUGAACACACCUGGGGGAUCUUCACAGGUGAGAGUUCAGAGGAAAACAGAAGAAACAGAAGAAGCAGCAGGUUAAAGAAGAAGAGAAGAAACAGGUGGAAGAAGAAGAGAGAGAGAUGGGUCAGGCUCGCUCAUCCGUGUGUCCUCAGGUGAUUCUGAUGGGUCUGGACUCUGCGGGGAAGUCAACUCUUCUGGCUCGACUGCUCACAGGACAGGUGAUGGACACGUCACCCACUAUUGGAUUCAAUGUGGGAACAUUGGACCUGGACAAGAAGACGUCUCUGACUGUGUGGGACAUCGGAGGACAGAAGAGCAUGAGACCAAACUGGAGGUUCUACCUGGACGACUGUAAGGCACUGGUCUUUGUGGUCGACAGCAGCAACCCUGGUCGAAUGUCAGAGGCUCAGAAAACUCUGAAGAAGAUUCUGAGUGAGGAGAAGUUGCGAGGAGUUCCUCUCAUGGUUCUGGCCAAUAAGAAAGAUCUGCCCAAUUCCAUGACGAUAAGAGAGAUCUCCAACCACCUCGAUCUCCGCAGUUACACCGAGCGCUCAUGGGAGAUUCAGGCCUGCAGUGCUCUGAAGGGACUCGGCCUCCAGCAGGCGUUUCUGUCUGUCAAUAAACUGAUCAAGAAGAGCUGAAGGGAGGAGCUGAAGGGAGCAGGGAUGGAGUUUAUGUGAGGAGGAGGUGGAGGAAGAGCAUAAAUAUUUAAACAAACAAAACGUUGUUUUAUUGUAAUCAACAAAUAUCCACCUGUCAAGUAUUAAUAAAGUGUAUUGAUCGAUCAGUUGAUUGAUAA